GUCCGUUUUUGAGUUUCAGGAAAAAAAAAAAAAAGUUGUGGGCGUUAUUAGCACCGUGCAAGAGACCUCCAUUGUCAUCGUCCCCACCAAACUGUCUUUCCCCAGCUGACGAGACGACACCCUGAGCUUUUCUAGAGAGAGAAGCUGGAAACUUUGAGGUGAGAGAGAGAGAGAGAGAAACAAAAAAACUCAAAAGCUUGAGGGACAAGGACAAAAAUCUUAAAGAGAUAGGGGUUGGUAUAGAUAUAAUUAUAAAAGAUCGAGACUUUUUAGUUACAAGAGAGAUAUGAUCGAGACUUUUUAGUUACGAGAGAGAGAGAGAGAGAGAGAUUAUGGUGGGGGCAAUGUUUGAAGAGAAAAAGAAGUGUUGGGGAAUAUUCUAUGGAUGAUAAGACAUAAAUGGCAUUGGUUGAAGGGAAGUUUUGAGCCAUUUUGUUAGAUUCUUAUUUGAUAUAAUUUGGGAGUUUGGAGAUUCUGUUAUUGGGCCUGUUUCUUUCGACUCUGGUGGUUGUUGUUGUUGUUUCGGUGAGCAGAUUUUUUCUUUUGGAUGAGUUGAAGGACAUCGAUGGCAGCACCUGGUAACAUAGUUGUAGGUUCUCAUGUAUGGGUUGAAAAUCCUAAUGUGGCAUGGAUCGAUGGAGAAGUCACGCGGGUCAAUGGCCCCGAGAUUCAUGUUCAUACCAGAGAUGGAAACACAGUUGCCACGGACACAUCAAAGGUGUUCCCGAAGGAUACCGAAGCUCCUCCCGGGGGCGUAGAUGAUAUGACAAAGCUUUCAUAUUUGCAUGAGCCUGGAGUUCUGGAGAAUCUGGCAACUAGAUAUGAACUUAAUGAAAUCUAUACUUACACAGGAAAUAUCUUGAUAGCGGUUAAUCCGUUUCAACGGUUGCCUCAUCUCUACGACAUUCACAUGAUGGAACAAUAUAAAGGAGCGCCUUUUGGGGAGCUAAGUCCUCACGUUUUUGCUGUUGGAGAUGCUGCAUACAGGGCCAUGAUCAAUGAAGGGAAAAAUAAUUCAAUUCUGGUGAGUGGGGAGAGUGGUGCUGGUAAAACUGAGACAACGAAGAUGCUCAUGAGAUAUCUCGCAUUCUUGGGAGGCCAUUCGGGAGUGGAAGGAAGAACAGUUGAACAACAAGUUCUGGAGUCCAACCCUGUUCUUGAAGCAUUUGGCAAUGCCAAAACAGUUAGAAAUAACAACUCAAGCCGAUUUGGUAAAUUCGUUGAAAUCCAAUUUGAUGAGAAAGGAAGAAUAUCUGGGGCUGCCAUUAGAACUUAUCUGCUUGAAAGGUCUCGGGUGUGCCAAAUAUCUGAUCCAGAGAGAAACUACCAUUGCUUUUACCUUCUUUGUGCUGCACCACAAGAGGAUAUCGAAAGAUAUAAGCUGGGAAGCCCAAGAUUGUUCCAUUAUUUAAAUCAAUCAAACUGUUAUGAGCUGGAUGGAGUAAAUGAUAGCCACGAGUAUCUUGCAACUAGAAGGGCUAUGGACAUAAUUGGAAUCAGUGAGGAAGAACAGGAGUCGAUAUUCAGGAUUGUGGCUGCAAUUCUUCACCUCGGUAAUAUUGAUUUUUCCAAAGGGGAGGAAAUAGAUUCCUCGGUCAUUAAGGAUGAUGAAUCUAGAUUCCAUCUUAAUAUGACUGCUGAACUUCUUGGAUGUGAUGCCCAGAGCUUGGAAGAGGCACUCAUUAAACGUGUGAUGGUCACACCAGAAGAAGUUAUUACAAAAACUCUCGACCCUCUGAAUGCUACUGCUAGCAGGGAUGCAUUAGCUAAGACGAUAUAUUCUCGGUUAUUUGACUGGCUUGUGGAUAAAAUUAACAUUUCAAUUGGACAGGACCCAAACUCGAAGUCGACAAUUGGAGUUCUCGACAUCUAUGGUUUUGAAAGUUUUAAGUGCAAUAGCUUUGAGCAGUUCUGCAUCAACUUCACAAAUGAAAAACUACAACAACACUUCAAUCAGCAUGUGUUUAAGAUGGAACAAGAGGAGUAUACCAAAGAAGAGAUAGACUGGAGCUAUAUUGAGUUUGUAGAUAACCAAGAUGUGCUGGAUCUAAUUGAAAAGAAACCUGGUGGAAUUAUUGCUCUAUUAGAUGAAGCCUGCAUGUUUCCCAGGUCAACUCAUGAAACUUUUGCACAAAAGUUGUAUCAGAUAUUCAAAGAUGAUAAACGUUUUAUCAAACCAAAGCUUUCUCGGAUUGAUUUUACCAUAGCACACUAUGCUGGGGAGGUAACUUACCAAGCCAAUCAGUUUCUGGACAAGAACAAAGAUUACAUUAUUGCUGAGCAUCAAGAUUUGUUAACAGCCUCGAAAUGCUCAUUUGUUUGUGGCCUCUUUACCCCACUUCCAGAAGAAGCAUUGAAGUCGUCCAAAUUUUCUUCAAUUGGAUCCCGCUUUAAGCUACAACUUCAGUCUUUGAUGGAGACUUUAAGUGUAACAGAACCUCACUACAUUAGAUGUGUAAAGCCAAAUAAUGUCCUGAAACCUGCUAUAUUCGAGAACAUCAAUAUCAUUCAUCAAUUACGUUGUGGGGGUGUUCUUGAGGCAAUUAGGAUUAGCUGCGCUGGCUAUCCUACCAGACGCACAUUUUACGAUUUUCAAAAUCGUUUUGGUGUUCUGGCACCAGAAGUUUUAGAAGCAAAUUAUGAUGAUAAAGUUGCAUGCAAAAUGAUACUUGAUAAAAGGGGAUUGAAGGGAUAUCAGAUAGGCAAGUCCAAAGUUUUCCUGAGGGCAGGACAGAUGGUUGAGUUGGAUGCUAGAAGGACAGAAGUUCUUGGAAAUGCUGCAAGAACAAUUCAGCGACAAAUCCGAACAUUCAUUGCUCGUAAAGAGUUCAUCUCAUUGCGUAAAGCUGCUAUUCAGUUCCAAUCUCAUUGGCGAGGAAAAAUGGCCCGCGAACUGUAUGAACAGUUGAGACAGGAAGCUGCAGCCUUGAAGAUCCAGGCAAAUGUCAAGCGACAUAUUGCUAUGAAAUCCUACUUAACACUAUGUUCAUCUGCAAUCACAUUGCAGGCAGGCUUAAGGGCAAUGGACGCGCGGAAGCAGUUCAGUUUCCGGAAGCAAACUAAAGCUGCCAUUAGUAUUCAGGCAAAUUGGCGUUUCCAUCAAGCUUACUCUUAUUAUAAGAGUCUACAAAAGGCUGCAGUCGUUUCUCAGUGUGGAUGGAGAUGCAGAGUUGCUAGAAGAGAGCUUAGAAAACUCAAAAUGGCUGCAAGGGAAUCGGGGGCCCUUAAAGCAGCAAAGGACAAACUGGAAAAGCGCGUGGAGGAGCUUUCAUGUCAGUUACAAUCGGAAAAACGAUUAAGGACUGAUUUUGAGGAGGCAAAAUCUCAAGAAAUUGCAAAACUGGAGGAUAUCUUGCGUGCAAUGCAAUUACAAGUAGAAAAAGAAAACUCCAUAGUUAUUAAAGAACGAGAGGCGGCUAGAAAAGCUAUUGAAGAAGCACCUCCUAUCGUCAAGGAGACCCAAGUUAUGGUACAAGAUACGGUAAAGGUUGAUUCCUUGACAGCUGAAGUUGGGAGGUUGAAGGCUUUGCUAGAGUCAAAAACACAAAAAACUAAGGAGCCAAAUGAGGUUUCUGUUGUGGAGCGGGCCAAGAAUGAAGAAUUGACCAGGAAGCUUGAAGCUGCAGAGAAAAAAGUGGAUCAGCUCCAAGAUUCAGUGCAGAGGCUUGAAGAGAAGGUAUCCAAUUUAGAAUCAGAGAAUCAUGUUCUCAGGUCACAAGCUCAAGCCAUCUCACCAAAUGGAAAAAUUUUAUCUGCAAGAUCGAAGUCAACGAUUAUUCAGAGAACUCCAGAGAACGGGGUUGUGCAUAAUGGAGGCAUGAUGAAAGCCCUUGAUCACAUCACAAGUAAUCCUCAGGAGUCUGAAGCUGAAGAAAGGCCCCAGAGAUCUCUAAAUGAGAAGCAGCAGGAGAAUCAGGACCUUCUCUUAAAGUGCAUAUCUCAAGAUCUAGGUUUCUCUAGGGGCAUGCCUGUUGCGGCUUGUCUGAUAUACAAAUGCCUUCUGCAGUGGAGGUCAUUUGAGGUUGAAAGAACCGGUAUUUUUGAUCAUAUCAUUCAGACUAUAGGUGUAGCAAUAGAGGCCCAGGAUAACAGUGAUGUGUUAGCUUAUUGGUUGUCCAAUUCAUCCACGCUGCUUUUGUUACUUCAACGUACACUAAAAGCAACUGGACCAGCUAGCUUAACUCCGCAGCGUCGAACGGCAUCAACAUCUCUAUUUGGGAGGAUGUCUCAAGGGCUUCGAGCAUCUCCACAAAGUGCUGGUUUCUCGUUCCUCAGUGGUCGGCUACGUGGGUCGGAUGAAUUACGACAGGUUGAAGCCAAAUAUCCAGCUUUGCUUUUCAAACAGCAACUUACAGCCUUCCUUGAGAAGAUAUAUGGAAAGCUGCGAGAUAACUUGAAGAGAGAGGUCGCCUCAGUGCUCGGGUUAUGCAUCCAGACACCUAGGACAUCGCGGAUUGGUGUUGCGAAGGGACGCUCACAAGCUGAUUCUACCGCACAACGACCUUUGACUGCUCACUGGCCGAGCAUUGUGACAACCUUAGAGAACUACUUGAAGACCAUGAGAGCCAACUGUGUACCACCAUUUCUGAUUCGCAAGAUGUUUACUCAGAUAUUUUCGUUUGUCAAUGUUCAGUUGUUUAACAGUCUUCUUUUGAGACGUGAAUGUUGCUCAUUCAGUAAUGGGGAGUAUGUCAAGACAGGCUUGGCUGAGUUGGAACAGUGGUCUCAUGAUGCCACCGAGGAGUUCACAGGCUCUGCUUGGGAGGAGCUGAGGCAUAUCAGACAAGCUGUUGGCUUCCUGGUCAUACAUCAGAAGCCCAAAAAGUCAUUAAAAGAAAUAACAAACGAUCUUUGCCCGGCGCUGAGCAUACAGCAGUUAUACAGAAUCUGUACAAUGUACUGGGAUGACAAAUACGGUACACAAAGCGUAUCUUCGGAUGUCAUUUCGGGUAUGAGAAUUUUGAUGACUGAGGAAUCAAAGAAUGCUAUCAGCAGCUCUUUCUUAUUGGAUGAUGACUCAAGUGUUCCGUUUUCCGUGGACCACAUUUCAAAGUCAAUGGACCAAAUCGAAGUGACCGAUGUUGAUCCUCCACCUUUGAUCCGCGAAAACUCGGGUUUCGCAUUUCUAUUACAACAUUCGAAUGAUUGAAAUGUCUUUGACGGCUCUUUCCUCACCCUCCUUGGCACUAAACCUGUGGAUAGAUGUCUUCAUAUUGAAGUUAGCCGCAUUUUAUUGGCUAAUGAUGUCUGCUGUUGUGUCAAAAUGUACGCGCAUUGAAAUGUAAAUAUGCUUCUUUAUGACUUUGUUUACUUCUUUUAUUUCUUUCCUUUUUAUGAUUUAGUUUAUGUUUAUAGACUGGUAUAGUAGUAUUGUAUUAUGCGUACACCUUUGUA